CAGUCGUUCUGGUCGCCGUCAGCGUUGGAUUCCCCUUCGUGAUCUUCCUCAUCGCCCGGAAGAAGCAUGAGCGGAUCUCCAGAGCAAACCCACCCAAGAAGACAGCAUCGUCUGUUGCUUCGCUGGCCUACUUUAUGUUCUGCAGCCACUUCAAGCCAGAGUACUGGUGGCUCUUCUCCUACGACUAUCUCGCGAAAUCGGUUCUACUUCUCUCCUCGAUCCUGGGGUCGCAGAGUACCUACGAAUGCUGCGUCGCCAUCUUCUUCAUCUGCUGGGUGUUGAUGCUGCCGUACAUGAUCAUCUCGCCGCACCGCAAACCUCUCGAGAACAUCCUGAAGCGCAUCAUCUACACUUCGAUAUGCCUGAUCAGCAGCUUCAGGUCGCUGUCGAGCCUGUUAUUGUAUCUCACGGCCCCGGAGCUACAGUCGACCGUGUUCUUUUUCCCCAUCGGCUUCAUGGAGAUUGCGGCGUUCCUGUUCAUGGGCGUGCCGCCGCUGACGAUCGGGAUCUGGUUCCUGCUGGAUUACAUCCGCCCGUUCAUGAAGCAUCUCAAGCCGUAUCUCGGCGUCUCGAAGGAUGCAGUCGAGGUGGUGGAUGAAAAAAAGAGCAUCGCCAGCUGCACGGCUUGAUGGUCGCUGUCAUCGGCUGGUAUGUCUGCGCUAUGGCCGGCCGACCUUCACCUGCUGCAUUGAAGCCUUUGCGCACCAAUACAUUUCCUAGAUGGCCAGC